AUGAGCUCAAUCUUCCACAAUGUAAUCUCUGUCCGACCAUUUCUCGGCAACCGUAGCAAGGCACCGCAAUUGAUGGCCCUAUCCACCAAUCUUAUACGCUACCAACAUCCCUGUUCCAACUUUGCCACCUCCUCCCGUCCCAAAUCUCCACCCUCCCAUUUCUCAAUACUCUCCCAGCAUCCCACCGACAAAAUCCCUUCCCUCAAAGAGGCCUGCAAGCAUUGGAGCCUCAGAGAGGCCUUCCUCUCACUCACUAACCUAACCCUUCAGAGUCCAUGCUCCCCCUCUCAAGAAGCCUAUUCAUCCAUUCUAGAGCUCUGUGCCUCCCAAAAGGCCAUAUUCCAAGGCCAGCAGAUCCAUUCUCACAUUGUCACGACAAAUUCUCUAUCCGACGAUGGGUUUCUUAGCACCAAGCUCAUGUUCAUGUAUGGGAGAUGUGGGCAUCUGUCAUGUGCUCAAAGGCUGUUCGAAGAAAUGCCCCAAAGGACAAUCUUUGCAUGGAAUGCCCUCAUCGGAGCGUAUGCCUCCCAUGGCCUGCCUUUUAAGGCCAUUGAACUUUAUCAUGAAAUGCGGAUAUCGGGGUUAAUGCCCGAUGCUUGCACUUUUGCUUCUGUCCUUAAAGCCUGCAGUGGGCUUGAAGAUAUCCAUUGUGGAACUGAGAUUCAUGGUGCGGCGAUUAAGUGUGGUUUUGACUCCAUCACUUUUGUGGCCAAUGCACUAGUUACCAUGUAUGCAAAGUGUGGGCGGUUUGAUUCUGCAAUGUUGUUGUUUGAAAGGUUGCAUGGCAGAAGAGAUGUUGUUUCAUGGAAUUCGAUCAUUUCAGCUAGUCUGCAAAAUGGGAAGUUCUUUGAGGCUCUGACUUUUUUUAGAAAAAUGCACAAAGCUGGAAUCUUAAUGAACUCAUACACUGCCGUGGGUGUUCUCCAAGCUUGUGCAGAAUUGUCGCUUCUGAAAUUGGGCAUGGAGAUCCAUGCUUCACUUUUAAAAUAUAACCAAGAAUUUGUAAUUUAUGAAGGUAAUGCGUUGGCUGUCAUGUAUGCAAAAUGUGGACGGAUGGGUGAAGCACUCCGGAUUUUUGGUGAGAUGGGUGAGAAAGACAACGUAUCAUGGAACUCAGUGCUCUCUGGUUAUGUUCAGAAUGGUUUAUACGAGGAAGCUGUUGGUUUUUUCUAUGAAAUGCUUGAGAGUGGCUUCAAACCUGACCAGGUUUCUGUUAUAAGUAUAGCUUCAGCAUUGGGUCGAUUGAGAAACCCGUUGAUAGGUAGGGAGGUUCAUGCUUAUGCAAUAAAACAAGGAUUUGAUUCUGAUUUGCAGGUAGGGAACACAGUGAUGGACAUGUACACAAAGUGUUUCCAUGUUAUUUAUGCUGAACGUGUCUUCCAUAAAAUGCCUGCUAAAGAUUAUAUAUCUUGGACAACGGUCAUUGCAUGUUAUGCCCAAAACUCUUGUCAUAUGAAGGCAUUGGAAAUGUUUAGGGAGGUACAGAAAGGGGGAAUGGAAGUGGACUCAAUGAUGAUUGGGAGUGUGUUACAAGCUUGUAGUGGUCUGGAAUGUCUUUCCAUUUUAAAACAAAUUCAUGGUUAUACUGUCAGAAAUGGUUUGCUAGAUCUGGUACUCCAGAACACAAUCAUCGAUGUCUAUGGCGACCGUGGGAAGGUCAAACAUGCUUUUCAGGUUUUUGAAAGGAUUGAAAACAAAGAUGUCGUGUCUUGGACCAGUAUGAUCACUUGUUAUGUUCACAAUGGACUCCUAAAUAAAGCUCUUAGUUUAUUCACAGACAUGAAAAAGGACAAUGUUGAACCUGAUUCUGUGGCAUUAGUAAGCAUCCUUGCUGCUACUGCUGGUUUAUCCUCCUUAGUGAAAGGAAAAGAAAUUCAUGGACAUCUGAUAAGAAGAUGCCUCAUUACAGAUGGAUCAGUCAGCAGCUCACUGGUGGACAUGUAUGCCCAGUGUGGAAACAUAGAGAACUCAUUCAAAAUAUUUGAUAGGGCCGCAUACAAGGAUUUGGUUUUAUGGACAACCAUGAUUAGUGCUUGUGGGAUGCAUGGUCGAGGCAAGGAUUCCAUACAGCUGUUUAGGGAAAUGCAAGAGAUGGGUUUAAUACCUGAUCAUAUCACCUUCUUAGCUCUUCUCUAUGCAUGUAGUCAUUCUGGACUAGUCAAUGAGGGGAAACAUUAUUUGGAAACUAUGACAAGUAAGUAUGGAUUAGAGCCGUGGCCGGAACACUAUGCCUGUGUUGUUGAUCUUCUUGGCCGUUCUGGUAGAAUGGAAGAAGCAUACAAAUUCAUAAAGUCUAUGCCUGUUGAACCAACAGCAGCUGUGUGGUGUGCACUGCUUGGGGCUUGUAGGGUCCACUCGAAUCAUAAGCUCGGUGAAGUUGCAGCAGAGAAGCUUCUUGAGUUGGAGCCAGAAAACCCAGGAAAUUAUGUGCUUGUAUCCAAUAUUUUUGCUUCAAUGGGGAAAUGGAAAGAUGUGGACAUGGUGAGAACUAGGAUGCAGGAGAGGGGAUUGAGGAAGGACCCUGCUUGCAGCUGGAUCGAGGUGGGAAAUAAGGUGCAUGCAUUUGUUGCAAGAGACACUUCUCAUGCAGAUUCAGUUGCAAUCUAUACAAUGUUGGAUGAGAUAAUGCAGCGAUUGGAAAUGGAAGGUGGUUAUGUUGAGGAUACUAGGUUUGUUUUGCAUGAUGUGAGAGAGGAGGAGAAGAAAAGAUUGUUGCAUGGACAUAGUGAGAGGCUUGCCAUCACAUUUGGUUUGAUUCAAACACCUGAGGGAGCACCCAUCCGCAUUACCAAGAACCUUCGAAUUUGUGGUGAUUGUCAUGAAUUUACCAAGCUUGUAUCGAAGUUGUUUGAGCGAGAAAUUGUUGUACGGGAUGCCAAUCGAUUUCAUCAUUUCAGAGGUGGAUCCUGUUCAUGCAAUGAUUUCUGGUGAAAUGGAAGAGUGAAUAUUGAUUGAAGCUGUAGAAAGGUUAAAGAAUUCUGUAACGAUAGGGGGACAACGUUUGGUAGAAUGAUGACUGGCUUAGUAGUCAUUCAGACAUAUACGACCAUAAGUGCAGCAGAAUUAAUGAACAUGGAAUUUCUAUCUAACUCUUCAGUCAAUCAGAUCACAUUUCUGAUGCCUAAUGGAGCUGGUAUUUGUGAUCAUACUUCUAGGCAAGUGCAUACUGGCUCCAAAUGGGAGCUGUGACAAUGAUAUUAGGUUGUUGAGCUGGCAUACUCAUCUAGGGAUUCAUUUGAUGUUAAAAGGACUACAUAAAGUAAUUAAUGGAGAUAUGCACAGUUUAUGUAAAGCAGUUGACAGGACUAUAUGGUUGUCAUGGUGCUUACAUGAAUGCAGUAAUUUUUAUUUAACUUUGACUGAUCAGAUUGGACACUAAUUUGGUCUAAUUUCCCUGCUAUAUGUCUGAGGUUAAGUGCAUCAGGUAUUGAAGUACAGUUGCUUUGAUGUUUUCAAGUACUCAUGGCCAUCCAAUCUUUCAAUGGUAUGAAGAGGACAUCCAUGAUAUUAUGAGUUUCUGCAUGUUAGAGCAACAUAAAAGUUUUCGUGGUUUUGGUUCAUAUAUUGAGGGAAACAUGUAAAUGACAAAUCAUAAGUUCCAGAACUGCCUUUUACAGCCUAGAAGGCUUGCCUUUGUCUCCUUAUUUUGCAAUAACAUUUUCUUCGAGCAUGUAACAUCUGACAAUCUGAUAUUUGUAUUGAUUAUUGGGGAAAAGAAAAAGAAAACUCUUUUGCUGA